ACAAGCAUAUAUACCCAAAAAUACGUCGUACAAGAUUGUGUUUUUUGGCUCUCGAACUCGUGUUCACUAACACUAAUCCUGUCUUCUGGUCCCAUUUCUCAGAUGAAUUGUUGAUCAUUAACUGUUUGUGAAUUUUCCUUGGUACCCUUUGCUUUGUUGCCUUGCCAUGGAACCUUUUUCGUGGAGUUCUGCCGUUUCUAACUCUGAUUUUGAGAUGAGAAAUGAUGGAUAUCUGGGAAAUUCUUCCAUAAGAUGUGGGUUGGUUUUGGAUAGCGUGAGAGGAGAGCUUGUGGAGGCUCCUGCGAAGUUGGAGCGAAAAGGGGUGUCGGCGGAGAGAACUAUUGAGGCUUUGAAGAACCAUAGCGAGGCAGAGAAGAGGCGCAGGGCCAGAAUAAAUUCCCAUUUUGAUACGCUUCGGAGCCUAUUACCUGGUGCAAUGAAGAUGGACAAAGCGUCAUUGCUUGCUGAAGUGAUCAGCCACUUGAAAGAUCUUAAGAGGAAAACAGCAGAAAUGAGUGAAGAUUGUGCCAUACCAAAAGACUUUGACGAAGUAAAAGUGGAGCCAGAGGAUGAAUUGGAAGGAAGGCCUUAUUCUAUUAGAGUGUCUCUAAGUUGUGACUAUAAACCUGGGCUUCUGUCUGAUUUAAGACAAGCACUUGAUGCUUUACAAGUGAUAGUAAUGAGCGCCGAGAUUGCAACCUUAGGAUGUAGAAUGAAAAAUGUAUUUGUUAUAACCACCUGCAACGAAAACAAGAUUGAAGACGACGAUGUCCGUCGGUUUCAAGCAAGGUCUAUCUGCCAAGCUCUUAGGUCUGUACUUGACAAAUUUUCUGCUUCAGAUCAGUUCAUUGGAAAUACACUUUCUAACAAGAAGAGGAGGGUUUCUGUAUUCAAUCCUUAAGAGUUUAUCUUCAUGUGGAGAUAUUUGGUGUAUGUAUCAUUUGCAUGUAUAUUAGUCAAUCCAUAUAUGCAAAGGCAUACUUCUGAACAUGAUACUGGUAUAGUUACAGAUAGCUGUGUUUUUCUUUUCUUCUUUUAUAUGUUCUUGUAGAUGUAUAUUCCAAUCUCUUAUUCUCUAAAAAAUAAUUUGUUGUAAUAUGAAUAGUUGAAAUUUGUCCUAUUGGACAUAAUUUGCAAAUGGAAAGUUGUUCUUGAUGUCCUUGAA